AUGGCCGUUCUGAAUCGGAUAUUAGCUAUGAAAGUUAUAUUCAUGGCACUACUGCCUCGCCACUCUGAGCAACAAGAGAGUCAGGCUCAAGGUGCACCCUCCUAUCAAGGAUCUUUCAAGGCAAUUGGUGAAAUCAUCCGGUCAAACCCAAAUACCGCUAUAUCGAAGCAAGAAGUCCAAUAUUUUGAGGAGAUUCACGACAAGACUAGUAACACGGCUUCUUUGAAGGUUCGAUCAGCUAACGGAACCACAAGUUAUUUUCAAGAUACUGAGACGAGGCAAACCUUCUACUUCGGCGUGUCUGAAAACAGCUUCUUUUGCAAGUUAAUGAGCGAAACGAUGAAAACAAAAUCAGACGAGUUCAAAUUUUACAACUCCGAUGAUGGUCGAAGAUAUUUUUUUCUUAAAGACAUUUUAGCCAUCCAAAAUUGGACAAGGUCAAGUAAUCUGCAGUAUGCUAGAAACAUUUCAACUGAGGUUUGGGUUGCAACAAGCAAGCACAAGGAACAUCGCUUUAGCAUCGCCAUUGCUCUUACUGGGGGUAACUGGUCAUCAACUGCGUUAAACGCGAGAGCUCCAGUAACGGUUGACUUUGGUGUUGGGAACGAUGGUGAAGAGACAAGAAUCAACAUUUUCAGUUUCCAAGACUUCGAAGAGACUUUACGUUAUAACCUUCCGCAGCUUCCAGAUGGCCUAUAUUGCGAAGGCUAUAAAAAGAGCGUUCCUCCUCCAAAGCUUGAGCAAAUAACUACCUUCAAUUACCACGCAGAAAUGUGGAGUUCAACGGAUCAGUUGGUACGCACCAGUGACGUAUGGAUCGAUAUGAAUCGGGCUCUUUAUAGAAUGGAUUACGAGCCUGUUACGGUCGGCAUUGGCGAUCAGCGAAGCAUCAUUGUGUCUGGAAACGAGAAAACGAUUUACACAAUAACAAAAGAACCGACCAAUCAAUGCAACAUGACCGCCAUCACCGAGCUAGAAAUCGACCCGCAGAUGGUCACGGACCCGCGUUACGUCCUACACAUGACACCCAGCACCUUCUUCAGCGGCAACAAAGAGAAGCUGUCUCUCAGCUACAAGAAGCAGACAGAAAAAAGAGGCAUCCCUUGUCAUGUGUGGCAAGUUCUCCGUGACGACUGGCCGCCAGAGUCGAGUGGUGUAAAAACUUUGUGGGAAUGGUGCGUCGCUAUGCCUGACGCUCAAGACAUUCAAGGUACGAAAGGCGAUGACUACCUCGUCAAUCUUGACCUGUCUGUACUGGAGGUGCGGAAAGAAGGUAAAUUUUUCAACCUUUCUGUGGGAACCAAACUGAGUUUUCGGUUCUACAACGCCCUGCUGAAUCCACCCGAGCUAAUUGACCUGCAUGGCUUCGACAUCUCUCCCUGUUACGAAGACAAUGAAAUGGCUGACAUGAAGAUUAUUGUUGAGUUGUCAUCGGAAGAUUACGAGACCUUGUCGGCAGCCUUCACACUCUACAACCCCAGGUUUCUGUCGGCAUGGCGACGGGCUCUUGAAAAAUCUUCGGGUCUUCCAGAUUCUUCUCUCCGAGUAACCAGGAUUAAAGCGGCAUUAGAUGACAAUGCGUUGGUUGUCCAGUUUACCAUGUUAGACCGGUUUCCUGCUCGUGCUCAUACCGGUAUCAUUGAUGAUCAAGUGACCCUAAAAGAAAUGAAGUCCAACCUUCAGGCGGCGAUUGAUGCCGGGCAACUGGGUAUUAAAUACAAAGGGAUGAACCUUGUGGCGUCGUCAGAGAGCCUGCUACCAGUCACUACUGUUCCAGACACCCCUAUUCCAGCCACCACUGUUCCGGGCACCAUAGUUCCAGGCACCGAACUACCCACCACCUCCAAAUCGUUCACUGACGAAUGGGAUGUCAUCAUGGACCCUGAUGACGAGACGACGACAGUCGUCGUUGUCUCAACAGACGCCCCAUUGAAUGAAUACGCAAGUGGCAGGUACUCCGCCGCUACAAUUGCUGGAACCACGACUUCAAUGUUCGUCCUUGGAGCCUUGUUGGGAGCAUCCGGCACUUAUGUGAAAUCCAAAGUAAUAAUCUCGGGUGAACCGGUGAGACAUAGGUUCUGGGCAUAGGAUGCAUGGAAUACUUGGAGCAGAAGAGAGCAUUGCAUUCCCUUUAAACAGCGUGAAGACUUUUCAAAAAUCUCCGAAGGUUGCAGGUACUCGCAAUCUUCUAACACUUUGCUAUGACCAACAUGUUUAUUUAAGAUGGU